CAUGAACUGGGCUGCUUUUGUAAGACGACUAAAAAAUCACGGUGUAUUAUAAGAGUCAAAUACUAAGGUCAAAUACCCUAUUCUGACUAUCCAGCUAUCACGGUUCCUGAGAAACAGCCUGGUGUGUCAGAAACCGAUAGAAGCCAUCUUUGUCGUCACGAGGUUUUUUUAUAAAGACUUGAGUUUUUGUAUAAAAAGAUCUUGAUCCUAUGAAAUUUAUUAGUAGUAGUUCAUCUCUAGAGCAGUGCGGGACUUUACAAAAUGUUUAAAUACAUAAUAUUAUGUUUGUCCGUUUGUCUGUGUGUGUCUUGUGCCCCUAAUAAGGAAGAAGGAGCCACUUGCGAAUGGGAGGGCCUCAAAGGUACUUGUGUUAGUGAGAAGCGAUGUAUGACGACACUAGACAACCGAAACCCAAAGCAACCAGCUUGUCCCCACCAAGGUGGGAAGGAUUUAAUAUGCUGUACAGAUUGCGAGCUAAUUGAAAAUACCGAUGAUAUUGUAAUUAUGCCCGACGGUGGUUUCUACAUUAAAGAUGGCCGCAAAGCAAGAGAUAACUGCCUGCACUACAUCAAGGAUUUACAAUACAAAUGUCAUGAAGACGUAUAUGGGGGGUUGACAAGGACUCUCAACAAGGAGAAGAAAUGUCAUGGAUUCAGUUUCUACGCGGUAGGGGGCGCACCUGCUGUGUCACUCACGGGGUCAAAAGAAGAACCAAGGGCUGAAUACCCUCACCAGGCUCUGCUCGGAUUUGGAGAUACAAAGGAGACAGCAACGUGGCUAGCAGGAGGCUCCAUCAUCAGUGAUAGAUAUGUCCUCACUGCGGCACAUGUACUGAAGUCAGGAAGCAAAGUACCAGAUAAUGUCAACUUCGUCGCUGUUGGGGUCAAAAGCUUCUCAGACAAGUCUAAUUGGCAAAUAUUGAAGAUAAAACGUGUCGUCCCACAUCCAAACUACAUAUAUCCAUCGAAACACAACGAUAUUGGACUCGUAGAGACCGAAACUUUAAUCGAAUUUGGACCCGACGUUUUGCCAGCCUGUCUUCACGUGGACGAUACUAUAGACACCAGUCAAGCCAUAGCUACGACUUGGCGAGAUCUUACAUCAAGUGACGAAGGUUACGCUGAUUCAAUUCAAACGAUAAGAGAUCUUGAGCAAAACUCUGAGAAAGAGUGUUCGGAAACCUACCCGAAAAGCAGGCAGCUUAUGGAUGGGUUUGACAACGAGACUCAAGUGUGCUACGCCAGUAAGAAGCAUUCGAAUGAAUCGUGCAAAGGUUUAUCCGGAGAACCUCUUCUAGUGAGAAACCAGUUUUCUAACUGCGUAUACACGGUUGUUGGGGUAACAUCAUCUGGAUAUCGGUGUGCAAGUCAAGAUGUCAAACCAGAGAUAUAUACCAGGGUAGCCCACUACGUAUCAUGGAUAGAAAGUGUUGUAUGGCCUUAGAAACUGCUUCAACUCCACAGAUCUAUAAUGUGUAACAGAAUGAAGGCAAACCAUUUAUUUUGAACAAAUUUUAUUCAUCAUCAUCAUCCUAGCCUUUUCCCUACUAUGUUGGGGUCGGCUUCUAGUCUA